UCUGCUCGGCUACCAAGGACGAUAGCAAACACAACUUCUGCCCAUUAAUGAUGGAUAACAAGCCAGAGGAAUGUUCAGUGUGUUUUAACGAUUAUGAUGACAAUCGGCUACGACCUCGCACACUGCCAUGUGGCCACACAUUCUGCUCCCAGUGUAUUGACAAUGCUAUCAAGAAUGGUCAGCUAACAUGCCCCAGCUGCCGUGCCGAGCACGUUGCCACAGCCGCUACUCAGUUCCCAAUUAGCUAUGCUGUGGAGGCUUUUGUUAGGAAACUAAAAAAUAUCCAGCUAACAACUGAGGAAGUAGUGCCAGCAAAAUCUUCUGAAGGUCCCACCAGAGGCAUCAGCAAGAAGUUACGUUCCCUGGUGCAGGAGCAGAAGAGCAUCAUCAGCAGCCUCAUUACUAGCUGUGAAGAGGUACUGUCCCAGCUGGGGGAGUACCGGGGAGAGCUGGGGGACUGGAAGACUCAGCACCUCCAGCUCCAGGACAGACUCUAUGCUCUGGUAGAGCAGAACAAGUCAGCAAUGAAGCUCUUGGAACUGGAGGAUACCAGUGUGGUGGAUAUGACAACACAAGGAGAGGAAGGGAAGACUCAGCUGCAGGCCAUGUUGGGGAGCCUCGACACAGUCAACACCCCACAGGAGUUUGACACAACCAUAGACUCAGCUGAUGGGUGCAGCAUGAAGAUAGAAGAUUGGCUCAGGAAGUGCCAGGAACUCUUCCCUAAUGUCAAGACUGUCCACACCUCAGUGAAGGUGCAGGAGACCAUCAGGGAGGCCCUGGAGAUGAUGACCACAGAGACAGGUGCCACAGCUGACCCCGUACACCUGGGAGACUCAGCCUCCAGCAUCAUGAAUAAAGUUCAGGAAAUCACUGGACAGAUCCCCCAGAAGCAAUUAACAAUUGAGGACCUCCGCAGGAUGAGUGAACCCGUCAAGAGGCUGGUGGAGGCUGGCCGUGUGGUGGCCGUCAAGAGGCUGGUGGAGGCUGGCAGGGUGUUGGCCGUCCAGGAAGACCAAUAUGGCCGCCGCUCUGCCAGGAUAACUCUACAAGACGGACAGCUGUACCUCCACCCACUCCUGCGGCAGCCCACGCCCGCCCACGCCCACACCCUCCAGGAGAGUGAGGUUGUGGGCGUGCUGGACCCUUCCUGCACCCUGGCGUUCCUUGACCUCGGGUGGGCGGGGUCAACAAGAGGGCGGGUCACCAUCCGGCUGACCCCUGACACUCCGCUGGCCAGACAGUUUGUGUUGUUGUGUACGGGCCAGCGGGGCCACACCUACCGCAACACUAAACUGUUGUGGCUGGGGUUCAGGGGCAACCCGGGGCAGUGUGUAGAGGGCGGAGAUUACGAGAGUAAUAAUGGUUGGGGAGGAGCCCCACUGCUGCCUGACCUCAUGGGGCAGUACCGGGAGUCAGGCCAGGCAGGAGCUGUGUGGGCCAGGUAUGGGCUGGGGGGUCCCCAGAGUGCCCAGUUCGGCAUCACCACCUGGGAGCACGAGGAUGGUCGCUGUAGGUUAAAUGUCUUCGGUGAUGUGGUGAGCGGCCUGGAUGUGGUGAAGGCAGCAGUCAACCACAGGCACAUUAAAGAGGUGACUGUGGUGUUGAAAAUCGUCGACAUCACGAAUGCAGCCCCGUUGGACAUCCGUGACGAUGCUGACGGCGCUGUACUCCUCUACUCAAGCGAGCAAGCUCUGGAGCAACUGUUUGCACCAGAACACCAGGACGCCCUACGAAACUCCAACCUGAUCAUCACUCCUAACCGUCGCUACUUGGCUGAACGAACCAUCUUCGUCAGCCACACGAGUGUCUACAUCGCCACCCAGGACCCUGGUACCAUACUUGAUAGUAUCAACACCAGAAACCCGGCUCUGACUGCUGCUACAGUCAAGGUCAUCAAGAACAACGACAACCCUAGGCCUACUCUCAAGGUCACCUUCACAACAGCUGCUGCAGCGACCCAAGCUAUGGAAAAUGCAUUUAGAUGUCUGGAUAUUUCCAUCACACCUGACACUAUAAAGAAGGAACGUUACUACAACAUUCGCCAGUGCUUUAAGUGCUACAACCGGAGACGGAAGAAAAGGAGAGCAAAAAGUCAGCAAGUGGAAUCAGAAUCAGAUUCAGAACCAGAACCAGCACCAGAGUUCCUAGAAGCCUCGGCUGAGACCUUCACAUAUGAGGCCCCAGACUUCGACCUAAACCCAAGCAAAUCAAGCAAGAAAGUGCCCUGCUAUGGACUUUACCUCAAUCACGGUGGCACUUUCAACGGCAAUCGAAGCACAAGAAUGGUCAUUGCCUUAGAAUGUAACAGGAUCAUCAACCAGCUCAGGACCUGCAUUCCUUACCCUGUGUUUGUCCACCACGAGACCGUGGAACAUUAUGUAGACCUCUGCGCCCUGGAGAGUGAAUACAUCGACCCUAAAUUCGACUUCAAGAGGGGACAAGAAGCAGAAGGAAGUGAUAUUAGGGGUCUCAGAGUGCGGGAGCAGGUGUUUUUAAGGGUUCAGAGAAAGGGAGCGAGCGGGAAAAAGCAGGAAAAACUGAUUUUAGGCCUUCAGGAAGCAAAAGGAAGUGUUUUUAAGGCUUCAGAGAGCGGGAGGAAAUAG